CAGCGUCCCAAGUGCCUAUCUUCUUUCCGUAACAAUUUUGCUAGACCAAGCACAGUCCCAUGAUUCUUGCUAACUUGUAUACGAAACACCAUAGGAUUAACAUAUAAAAGUAGAGUGUAGUGAGGACUGUCGGUAUGGUUCAGGUCACAGAGCUUCAAUCAGCCAUCGGGGAAACUUCUCCUGUUAGUGAUAAUACGCCGUUAAACGAUGAAAGCUUUACAAGUACAAUAGAUCCUGUUGAACUUGGGAACUCUGACAGCCAGCCGAACGGUACCAUGGAUGUUGAGCACCCAAACAACCACCUUGAGGAGCCAAACCCGAACACUAGCAUAGAAAGCAUCGCUCCAGAUUCUGCAGAGAGCGAACCUGCUUACGAUCUGGCGCUGCUUGUUGGUGAAGGCGCCUUGGCCCGCGCGCUGGAGGGCAAUGCGGAGCCCUACCCGCAGCUUCCUGAGACCGACGAGGAGAGGGACGCCUUUGAGGAAGAGUUCCAGCGCGCUGUUCAGGAGCUCGCGGCGGCCAGCGGCUCCAACCCCUCCUCGGAGUCUUCGGAAGCCGCCACAACGCCUCAGGACCCGUCACCGCCCCUCACAGCCUGACGACUGCUCUGCACAGCGGAACCGAAGCAGCACACUGUGUAUGCACCCCUGCACAAUCCCUCCCCUCCUCGCCGGCGUACGGCAAGGCGUGUUCAUUCUUACCACCUCAAACUGCCAAUCAUCACCAGCACCAACACCAGCACCUUGCCACGUCC